AUGAGUAUCUCAACAAAAAAUUAUGAAAGAUACGAAAAUUUUGGAAUCCAUCCAGAAUCAGAUAAUUUUUGCGGUGCCUAUAAUGGCUUUUCCGCGAAAAGUGAUAAAAAUCAUCAAGUAUCUUAUACUAAUGCGCCAAGCACAACUAAUAAUUACAAACAUCAUUCUACAACCUCUUUUGCAACUGAAUCGACAUCUUACAAUUCACAAUCUAUCGGUCAUAACGCUAAUAAUGAACAACAGAUGAUUUUAGAACAAAAUCUAUCAACAUUUGUUCCCCAACUUAAUAGACCUCCAAUUAAAGCACCUAGCAUGACUAAUUCUAACUCUCUCCAAAUAAAGAUUGAAAUUCCCGGUUAUACAAUGAUUUUAAUUCCCAAAUCUUCCCCAUUGGCAAGUUUAGCUGGUUUAGACGUGCAACAUCAACUUCAACCAAACAAUAAUUAUUCUUCUUAUUCGGUUAUUCCACCACAAUUAAAUCAAAGACAGAAUCAUUCCUUUACAGCAAAUGGAUAUGAAUCUACACCUUCUCUAUUGAAAAAUUUAACCAGUUUAGACGUGCAACAUCAACCAGAUAAUAUUCAUUUGGAUGAUUCUCGUUAUUCGGUUAUUCCACCGCAAUUAAAUCAAGAACAGAGUCAUUCCUUUACAGCAAAUGGAUACGAAUCUACACCUUCUCCAUUUAAAAAUUUAACCAGUUUAGACGUGCAACAUCAACCAGGCAAUGUUCGUUUAGAUGGUUAUUCUUAUUCGGUUAAUCCACCACAACACUAUUUUUCUGGUUAA